AUGUCGUUAAUUUUAUCCGACACAGAAAAUUUUAAUGAAAAAAACUCUGAAACAGAUUAUGAUCAUAUUAUUCCUAACCAAGAACAAUUGGCACCAUUACAAAUAUCAUCCAUAUCUACGCAGUCACAAUCUACACCUACAUCGCCAAUAGGCACACAACCCAACCAAUAUGAGUCACGAGAAAUAUUACCAAAAAUCGAAACAAAAUCUAAAGAAAUGUCUGAAGAAUACAUUCAAUACGAACGCGAACGUAGACGCAAUUAUGCUAGAUUAUUACGAGAGAAAAAACGAGCCCGUGUAAAAGAGCUUGAAGAUAGAGCCGCUUUUCUCGAAAAAGAAAACAAGCGUCUUCGUAAAAAUCUUGAAAUAUAUCAUGCUAGAUUGGCUUACGCGGUACCUGAAUUUAGUUUCCUGCCACUGGAAAAUAACAUCACCCCCGAAGAAAUAUUAAAUUUGCCAAUGGGUUUUAAUGAUCUUAGUGGUGAUAAUUUAAUUAAUAUUGAGGAUAAAGAUCACGAUCUUGGCUAUUUUGGACGUCAUAAUGAAUCAACUAUCUUGAAAUAA